CAAUUCAACACCUACAAACCAAUGACACGCUUAAAGAGGCUAUCCGGCCUCUCAGCAGCGCUGCAAGAUUGCAGACCGGCCUUCAACAAAUCCCAAUGGCGACAAAUCGACCGUCAAUGGCAGCGCCCUUUCUCCCAACCCGCCCGGACCCUCCGCCGACCUACCUCACCUGCUAAACUCACCCCCUUCAUCCCUCGCCGAUCCGCCUCGAGCGCCGCCGCUUCUCCCACCAACAAACUCCGCAACGCCAUCUACGGCACCGGCUUGGUCUUCCUCGUCGCGUUUGGCUAUUACUACAUCACCGACACGCGCGCCAGCGUGCACCAAUGGUUCUCCGUGCCCGUGCUCAGACUCCUGCACACCGACCCCGAGGAAGCGCACCAUGCGGGCAUACGAUACAUCAAGGGGCUGUACGACUUCAAUCUACACCCGCGGGAGCGAGGGCCUACAGAUGAGGAGCUGGGAGACUUGAAAAUCGAGGUUUUCGGGCAUGUGCUGGGCAAUCCAGUCGGCACGUCGGCUGGAAUAGACAAAGAUGGUCAGAUCCCGUCUGCACUAUUUGCUCUGGGGCCGGCGAUUGUCGAGGUUGGUGGCACCACGCCGCACCCGCAAGAGGGCAAUCCGAAGCCGAGAGUGUUUCGCAUACCCUCCCAGAACGCCUUGAUCAAUCGGUAUGGACUCAACUCUGAAGGCGCGGAGUAUGUCGCCAUGCAGCUCCGUGAACGAGUUCGGCAAUAUGCGUAUGAUAAUGGACUGGGAUUGGAGGCGGAGUCGGAGCGACAAGUGCUGGAUGGAGAGGCAGGCGUGCCGCCGGGCAGUCUAGUACCUGGUCGAUUGCUCGCCGUCCAAGUCGCCAAGAACAAAACCACACCCGACCACGACAUCCGAGCUGUGGCGAACGACUACGUGACUUGCGUGGAUCAUCUUGCAAAGUACGCUGACAUCCUGGUGGUGAAUGUAUCAUCGCCCAACACCCCAGGAUUGAGAGACCUGCAAGCCACAGCGCCGUUGACCGCGAUCCUCAGCGCAGUCGUGGACGCCGCCAAGACGUGCAAUCGCAAGACAAAGCCGGCCGUCAUGGUCAAAGUAUCCCCAGACGAGGACAGCGAUUCACAAGUGGAGGGCAUUUGCUCCGCAGUAUGGGCGAGUGGUGUGGACGGAGUGAUCGUGGGCAACACGACCAAGAAGCGGCCAGAUCCCGUUCCUAAAGGCUACGUGAUGCCGGCAAAAGAGGAGAAGCUGCUAGCUGAAAUGGGCGGCUACUCUGGGCCGCAGAUGUUUGAGCGAACUUUGGCGUUGGUGAAGCGGUAUCGGACGAAGUUGGAUCAGGGUCCACGGGAUGAUGCGUCCUCAGGGUCUCAGAACAACAGCAAAGCACCACACCCGCCACCGACAACUGCAGCGAGCGAUCUCUCCUCCGACCCGGCCGACGCAAGUGCCCAGCGCGACGCGCAAAAAGUCACCUCGUCAGCUCCGGAGUCGAAGCGGAACGACAACAACGACCAGGAACUGGCCAAAGUCAUCUUCGCCACGGGAGGCAUCACAAACGGCGAGCAGUGUCUUCAGAUCCUCAACGCCGGCGCCAGUGUCUGCCAGAUCUACACUGCGAUGAUGUACGGAGGGGUGGGGACCGUGACGAGGAUGAAGCGGGAGAUGAGGGAGGGCUUGAAGCGGGAAGGGGGCAGGUCUUCGAGCGCUGCUUCUUCGUAAGUAGUGUACAGUACAGAAGAGUAUCGUGAACAGAAUACCUGUGAUGAAUGCAAGAUAUAUGAGGCGU